UCCAUCCGAAGAGAAUUCAAGCCCCAAGACGACAACAUCGUCUUCGUGUUCUGGAAAUUAAAAGGAGUGCAAAGUUCACGUUCACGACACAGGGUCCAGAUGGCUUCGAGCGGCGACAGCCUCCCCGACGUAGACGGCGAGAAGGAAGGGCGAGGACACUGGUCACACAAAUGUGAUUACCUCUUUACAAUGAUGGGCUAUGCCAUUGGGCUUGGCAACGUAUGGAGAUUCCCUUACCUGUGUUAUAUAAAUGGCGGAGGGGCGUUCUUGGUCCCCUACCUACUGACGCUGGUACUGGUGGGCAUCCCGCUGUUCUUCCUGGAGACGGCCGUCGGGCAGUUCAGUUCCUCCAGCUGCCUCGGCGUCUUCUCCGUCUGCCCGGCUUUCAAAGGUCUUGGUAUGGCAUCCCUCGCUAUCAACUUGGUGACACUAACGUACUACAUUGUUUUAGUCGCGUAUCCCCUGCUGUUCCUCGCGUACUCCUUCAGCUGGGACCUUCCGUGGGCCUCGUGCGGGAACAGCUGGAAUUCGCCCAACUGCACGGCCGAAGGAGAUGUGAAAAACGGUGUGUCUUCAGCCGAUGAAUUCUUUCACCAGAAGAUCCUGCGGGUCUCGUCCGGCAUCGACGACCUCGGCCGCAUCGAGUGGCCGGUUGUUAUCGUGACCUUCGUGGUCUUCGUCUUCCUCUUUUUCUGCGUCUUCAAGGGGAUUAAGAUUCUGGGGAAAGUCGUGUGGUUCACAGCGAUUUUCCCGUUUGUCAUGCUGUUCAUUCUGCUGAUACGUGGGGUCACACUUCCGGGAGCCACGGAUGGAAUCUACUUCUACAUCUAUCCCGAGUUUAACAGACUUAAAGAGAUGAAGGUGUGGGCGGCAGCGGCCAUACAGAUUUUAUCCUUGGGCCCCGGAUGGGGGUCGCUCAUCUGCUUCGGUUCCUACAACAAAUUCGACAAUCGGUGCACGAGGGACGCGCUCAUUGUCCCCGUCCUGUGCUGCAGCACCUCCAUCCUGGCGGGAUUCGUCGUCUUCUCGGUGCUCGGCUUCAUGGCCAAUAGAGCUGGCGUUUCUAUUGAAGAACUUGCUGUUGCUGGCCCGUCCUUGGUGUUCGUCGUCUAUCCUGAGGCUUUAUCCCUGAUGCCGGUUUCUCCCUUGUGGUCCGUCCUUUUCUUCCUGAUGUUGUUCUUCCUGGGCAUCGACUCCUGCUUUGCUUAUUUAGAGACUCCAGUGCUGUGCAUCUUAGACGAAUUUGCAGAGUUACGUGGUCGCAGAGGCUGGGUCACUUUCUUCAUAUGUUUCAUUUCCUUCUUGGCAACAAUCAUCUUUGGGACGGAUGGUGGGAUAUACUGGUUAACACUGGUUGACUGGUACUGCGCUUCAUUCACCGUUAUUGUUGUUUGUUUGUGCCAGAUAUGCAUAUUCGGCUACUUUUAUGGCGCUGGUCGAACUGUGCAGGACCUUCAGCUGAUGAUUGGACGACGCAUUGGCUACGGCUGGUGGGGCACUUGGCUGGUCGUCACUCCCCUUGUGCUCCUGGGCAUCCUCAUGAACACUGUGCUGAAUCAGUCUGGCGCAGGAUACCGAGGGCAGACCUUCCCGACCUGGGCUCAGAGCACCGGCUGGGUCAUCGCCCUCACCUCCAUCCAAUUCAUUCCAACCUACUUCCUCUACUACUUUUGCUUUAGAACUGCUGGCUCGUUCAAACAGCGGAUCAAGUCCUGCCUGUCCCCGUCGGCCGCCUGGGGCCCAGCCCACCCGAGCCACAGGGAGAAGUGGAUGCAGCACCGCCUCAAGUACCCUCUGCGUCACCGCCUCCUGCAUCCCAACCUCUGUGCAGAGAAUACGUCUCCACCAGAUGUGUUUUUGAAUAUCUUGUAAUUUGUCUGAUGGGGAAACAUGUUUUGACUUUUUUAUCUAGAGACGCGUACAACGUUAAUGCAAUUUUAUAUAGUGAAAAUAACUCAGUAAUUCAAUGAUUUCCGAAAUUUGCACUGUAAAGCUUUAUUCGAGAAAUACAAACAAGAGAGCGCACCUUCACGACUCCCGACUGAUUAUGUUU